GGCUGUCAAAAAAGAAGGGUUCUAUUUUUUUUUGUGAAAGCAAGAAGCAGAGCAGUUGAAUGAUUUUAUCAAAAACACGCCCUAAAUGACAGACUGUGUGGCUCGUAUUUUUCUGUGAUACUUUAAUUAUGUCUAGAGCAAAACUGGCUAGAAGUGUUAUCGAUACGUGUGCAGAUUGUGGGGCAUUCGAUCCAACCUGGGCCUCCAUCAAUAAGGGGAUUCUCAUAUGUGAUGAAUGUUGUAGUGUACAUAGAACCCUGGGCAGACAUGUCUCACACAUAAAGUCAUUGCGGAAAGGAACAUGGGUCCCAGCACAGUUAGCUAUGGUCCAUGCACUUCACAGUAAUGGUGCAAACAGUAUAUGGGAGCAUUCACUACUUGAUCCAACCAAUAGCAAAUCAGUGAGAAAGAAGCCCCAAGCCAAAGAUCCCAUUAAACCAACUAAAGCAGACUUUAUUAGAACCAAGCACCAGUUACUUGGUUUUGUGUUCAGAGGAGGAAGCAAAGAUGAUAAAGACUGUGGGGAUUUACAGGACAGAGAUGUAUCUAAGCAACUUCACUCUAGUGUAAGGACAGCAAAUUUGGAAACCAGCUUGCGACUCUUGUCCACUGGAGCAGACCCUAAUUACCUACAUCAAGAAAAAGGCACAUGCCCUUUACAUGUUGCAGCUGGAGCAGGCCAAGCAUCACAAGUAGAAUUGCUUUUAAUAUAUGGUGCUGAUCCAGGAGGUUUGGAUUCGUUCGGAAAGACACCCGCCGAUCACGCUAGCGAAGCGGGAUACAAGGACAUAGCCCAUCGUCUGGUAGAAAGCCAGUACGAAUUGACAGACCGCAUCAGCUACUAUCUCUGCGAACGAAAACCGGACCAUUCAUCGGGCCAGCAUUUCUUGAUUCCUGAAAUGGCUGAUUCUAUUGACAGUAACUCUGACGUAGCCAAAGUUGCAAAGCGUAAACUACAAAUGCUACCUAACUAUUUGUUCGAGGAGAUGGCCAUGGACGCUUACGAUGAAGUGGAUCGAAGAGAAACAGAGCAAUAUUGGUUGGCACUGCAAGGGCCAAUCCUUCAGCAAAUGGUCGAUCGGGGUCAUAGCGUUCCUUUCUUACCAGUCAAUGCAGAGCUAUCACCCACCCGAAACCAGGCCCGCCAGAAACUUGGUCGACUAAACGCACGCGAAUUUACUACAUUAUUAAUUGAUUUACUUUCGGAAGCAAAACGGAGACAGCAGGGUGGAAUGGUUUUUUCUUUAAAAGACAUGCAAAAUAACAUCAAGCUGGACGGUUCGGACGAUGAGCCACUAUAUGAUAGUGUUGCUUCCGAAGAAGAAUUUGUACUCGCGGAGCAACAGCAAAUCUUAGCCGAGCAGAAGCAGGCAAACAGUAUUAAGGGACAACAGGAUUUGAGCCAACAAAAUAGUGGUGUCUCAGUAGAGGCAUACAUUGGCAUCAAAGAGCAGUUGUCCUUGAGCAACGUGAGAAUGCAGGAGUUAUUAGCAAGCAAUACCAACAUGCAAACGCAGAUUGCCCAACUGCAAAACAUGGUUCAAACGCUGGUGCAAGAAAACAAUCAAUUAAAAACUCAACCGGUUCCUGCGACUGGUGGAACAACAGUCGCCCUUAAUGGACCAGCCACCCCAACGUCAAAAAGUUUAGAAGAGCCAAUAACUUUAAGGGGAUCCAAAAUUCACGCAGCACGUCAUUACAGCAUGUAUGAGCCAAGAGAAGGACCUCGUUCUCCUCAACGAUCGACACCCACCAACAGCACAGCUGCUUCUACAACCGCCUCUCCACCGCCUCCUUCCACCGCUGACGAGGUGGUCCGACGAACAAAUAUUAUCACCCGGCGUAUACAGGAAGUCUUUCGUAACGUGCAAGAUCGGCGGCAGGAUCAAAUAGAGCCCUGUGCCCAACGUAUUGUUGAAGCCGUACAGUCCAUGGCAACCAUUGUCCCUCAGGGGGCGAGUGAAGAGGUGAAAAGUUGCAUACAUCAGCUGACAACUAGCGCUUCUAGGUUGCUGGCCGAAUGCCACGAAGCUGGAACGACAGCUCCGUGCCCGCCCGAUCAAGCUGUCACUCAGCGGAUCAUUCAAGGCGCCUAUGACGUGGCGAAAGCCACCAAGCAACUCGUCACGCUCUUCCAAUAGAACGCCUGUUUUUGCGUAUUUAUGUUUGCCCAUCUAUAAUGCUGGGAAAAUAGAGUAACAAAGUUUAAACUGUUGAUUGAAAUGCUCUAAUAAUUUUAGCGUUUUCAAACAAGUGAUUGCCUAUAUUACUGUGACUGCAAAUAUCUUUUGUUGUUUCAAACUAAAGUGCCUCCUAUUGCAAUAAACGAGUCGAUGGAUCAUCUUUCACCGUC